GUGGCACGUGAAUCUCCGUGACCCGGGGAUACCUCCCCGCAGCGCACGCUCCCGCGUGACACGACCGACCCGCGGCCAUGGACAUGGGCCACGCCGUGGAGACACUGAAGAACUCCUUCCUCUUCCAGUUCAGGACGGGCAACGUCGUCGUGGAUACGAUCAUCACUGCAGCCAUCGUCUGCCUCACCACCUACCUGCUCAUGCUGCCCAGCCACCUGGGGUGGUUGCCUGAGGCGUGGCGGCGUCUGCGGCUGCGCAACCGCCACCAGCUGAUGAUCGAGGGACGUAAGAUCACCCAGGGACCGUACCACUCGCGGCUCUUCUACUCGACCACGUUCCUCGCUCUGCUGCACGAGAUCAAGUCGAUGCGAGCGGCGGCGGCCGGCGUCACCGAGAUGACGGAGAUCGAUGUCGCCAUGGAGCAGCAUCACCGUAACGACUACGACUACGAAGACGACGCCGCGGCGGACACGGUGGUAACGGGCUUCCUCGUUAGUCAGCAGCAUCCGUUCACGCUCGCGCCGCACCUGCACGUGGAGGUGCGCAUCAGCCGCAGCAGCGACGACGGCAGCAGCAGCACGAACGUCGUGGACAGCUUCGAGAUCCGUCUGUUCUCGUCCGUGUUGACGGUCGACGACCUGAUGGCGUACGUGGACACGCGCGUGAGAGUCUACCGCGCUCACCUGCAGCGAGACAUCGAGCGGAAGCAGCGCUACCUCGUCUACCGGCCGCCGAACGUCGGCACCGCCGACGACAGGGUGUCCGACCGAUGCGCAGAGUAUGACGAGUUCCCCUUCGAGACGACGCGGUCGUUCGACAACGUCUUCUUUGAGGGGAAGGAGGAGCUUGCGGCGCGCGUCGACUUCUUCGAGACGCAGCGUGACUGGUACCGGCGUCGUGGCGUGCCGCACGCGCUCGGGCUGCUGUUCCACGGUGAGCCCGGGUGCGGCAAGACGAGCACGAUCAAGGCCCUCGCCGCGCGCACGCGCCGCCACGUCGUAUCCAUCUCACUCGCCCGCGUGCGCUCGGCCGAGCAGCUGCGACGCAUCUUCCACGACCCGACGAUCGAUCGCCGCGACGUACCCAUCUCACGCCGCCUCUACGUCGUCGAGGACAUCGACUGCGCCGCCGUCUCCCACGUC